UCUACCGACACCCGCUGUUCUCCGCCUGAACGUACAGAGGUGACGUGCUCGCCUCCAGCACCUGGCUUCCGCGUGCCCCAGGAAUAGCAGGAACCGUGGGGACCAGCCCGGUGAGCCCCCGCCCUGACACGCGCCGGGCUCUACUUCCCUCCUCCUCUUACACCGCCUCCUGCGCGGUCGCCUCCCGCCGCUGCGGCCUCCGCCUGCGGCUUUGUUUUCCUCCCAGGUCUCAUUCCCCACACGUGAUACUGUGUUAUUGCAAAGAGCGCUCCGGAGCGCGAGCGCGGGGCGCGCGCACUUAUAAAUACCGAGCGGCCGGCCAGGAGCCCGUGAUCGCGCGGCACGGAGGGUCGGCCAGGCGCGCGUGGGUCCGGGACGCGGAGGGCGAGCCAGGCGCGUGUGGCUCUCAGCGGCGCCCGAACGCCCAGGGCCGAGCAUGGCCCGCCCGCGGGAGGGUAGGACCGCCUCGCACACCGCCCGCGCCCCGCGCCCUGCCCAGCCCGGGUCGCCGGGGCUCGCGGCCGCGGCUUAGCACUCGGCACCCGCCACUCGCUUCUCGGGUACCGGGGAACUGACGCCCCAGACGGACACAAUGGCGGCGGCGACCGCCACCGCGGGCACGGCCGCCUGCAGCAGCAGCAGCAGCAGCAGCAGUCGCGGCGGCAGCACGGACGCCGCGGCCACCAGCGGGGUGCAGCCGCCGCCGCCUCCUCCGGCCACCGCGCCGCCCGAACCUCUUCGUAAGCCGCGCAUGGACCCGCGGCGCCGCCAGGCUGCCCUGUCCUUCCUCACCAACAUUUCUCUGGACGGACGGCCUCCGCUGCAGGACCACGAGUGGGGCGGCGGCGAGGAGGGCGGCGGGACCAAGCCCGGAGCAAGGGCUCGGCUCAGCCUGCUGGCCGCUGGCUGCAACGCGUUCUCGGCACCGGGCACCGCGGCCGCGCCGUGGACCGCCGGCUCGGGUUCCAGCCCUUGCCCGCUGCCGCCGUCUCUGGUCCCCCGGGUGUUGGGAGAGCCAUCUCAGCCGCCCCGUUCAGCUCCAGCUGUCACCGGUGCUCAGCUGCAGUUGCCUGACGGGCCGGGAGGCGCCGGACAGGAGGAGCUGGAGGAGGACGAUGCCUUCACCAACGUGCAGGUGCCAUCGGCCAGCUUUUUGGGCUCCGGGACCCCCGGGAGUACGAGCGGCAGUCGGGGCCGCCUCAACUCGUUCACUCAGGGAAUCCUGCCCAUCGCCUUCUCCAGGCAGAACUCGCAGAACUACUGCGCCUUGGAGCAGUCAGGCCAGGGCGGCAGCACCAGCGCCUUGGAGCAGCUGCAGAGGUCCCGACGUCGCCUCAUCUCCCAGAGAUCAUCUUUGGAGACCCUGGAAGAUAUUGAAGAGAAUGCCCCUCUCCGGAGAUGUCGAACACUCUCAGGUUCUCCCAGACCAAAGAAUUUCAAGAAAAUUCAUUUUAUCAAGAAUAUGCGACAGCACGAUACCAAGAACGGCAGAAUAGUCCUUAUCAGUGGCAGAAGAUCCUUCUGUAGUAUAUUUUCCGUGCUGCCGUAUCGAGACAGUACCCAAGUCGGGGACCUGAAGUUGGAUGGAGGGAGACAAUCAGCAGGGGCCAUGAGCCUGAAGGAGAUCAUCGGCCUUGAAGGUGUGGAACUGGGUGCCAAUGGGAAGACAGUGUCUUAUACCCAGUUUCUACUACCCACAAAUGCCUUUGGGAACCGUAGAAAUACCAUAGACUCCACCGCCUCCUUCUCCCAGUUUCGGAGCCUGAGCCACCGAAGCCUCUCCAUGGGCCGGGCUGGCAGCACCCAGGGGAGCCUUGAUGCAGGAAGUGACCUGGGAGACUUUAUGGACUAUGACCCAAACCUCCUGGAUGACCCCCAGUGGCCUUGCGGCAAGCACAAGCGAGUUCUGACCUUCCCUUCAUACAUGACGACAGUGAUUGACUACGUGAAGCCUUCAGAUCUCAAGAAGGACAUGAAUGAAACCUUCAAGGAGAAGUUUCCUCACAUUAAAUUAACACUCAGCAAAAUCAGGAGCCUGAAAAGAGAGAUGCGGAAGCUUGCCCAGGAGGACUGUGGCUUUGAGGAGCCCACGGUGGCCAUGGCCUUUGUCUACUUUGAGAAGCUGGCCCUCAGGGGGAAGCUGAACAAGCAGAACCGGAAGCUGUGUGCGGGAGCCUGUGUGCUGCUAGCAGCCAAGGUCGGAAGUGACCUCAGAAAGCACGAGGUCAAGCAUCUGAUUGACAAACUGGAAGAGAAGUUCCGACUGAACAGACGAGAACUGAUUGCCUUUGAAUUCCCAGUGUUAGUGGCCUUGGAGUUUGCACUUCACCUGCCAGAGCACGAGGUCAUGCCCCACUAUAGACGCCUGAUCCAGAGCUCCUAGCACUGGCCGCAGGAGGGCCAAGACUGCUUCCUGAGUGCAGUGGAGCGAGAGGGCAGAGGAGAGGCCAGUCUCCUCGCAGCUCUGCUUUCGCUGAGAAGCCCCAAGUUCCUGGAGACUUGAGGCUUGCUGAGAAGGCAUGUGCUGGGGAGGAUACAGCCAGAGCUCAGCUGUGCCCAGCUCUUCCUCUCAGGCACAUGAGAAACUUGAGGCCGCCUCGUCACCUUCAUUCCAGGCCAGUUCUGAAUGUGUAGCAUGAUGUGCUGGGACAGAGGAGGGAGCAGAGUGCAUGGGAUUCCGGGAUGCUGCUUCACGGUCCCUCGCCCUGUGUCGAGAGUGUGCCAACCUAUUUUUAUAUCUGCCAUCGGAAGUGCACUUCCCUGGGGCACAGGGGUGCGGGUGUGCAAGUGUCUGCGGAUCACUGUUACACUCGACCCCAAAGCCAACGCCCACCUUCUAUGGAGCUGACUUGUAAUGCCUUCUAGGUAACAGCGACUCACAUCCAGAUUGACAUCUCUGCUCUAGGAAAUAACACUGUUUGUGAGACUGUACCUGCCACCCCCUGGACAGGGUGACAGUUCUCAGUGUAGGGUAAGUCACGUGCAGAGUGGUGCGCUCCGAGCUCCUGCUGUCACACCAUGGGCUCCUGUUUAACCCUCUAGCUCUUGCCUGUGGAGACAUGAGGGCUGCACUCCAUAGCGUGUAUUCCUGUGCUCUAUGUUAGAGUGCAUAAUGAGCGCGUUUAUUGUGCUAAUUACAUACAUGUGUGUUUUAUAAAAGUCUGUACUGGGGUAAGACGCAUGAUUGGUGUCUUGUGGCUUUUGCAGCUGGGACAAACUACAUUUCAAGCUGUGGUUGAACUGAUUGUUAGUACAAAAUUGUGACUUGUCCUGAAGCAUUAACCAUGCUGUCACCUGGUGGUCAUACAGGUACAGCCUUCUUGAAGAGAGCCUGUGGUCAUGGAAAAUUAAAAUAUUUUGUCGUUUUACAUAUACAU